AACCGGUUUGAAGUAACAAGCUUCUGUCAACUGCCAAUAAACAAUAAGAUACAUAGAAACAUGGACGCCAAAAUUCAGCAAGCCAUCCCGGCAAAUUUCGUGAUGAUUUCGGGUUGCGAAGACAAGCAAACAUCUGCCGACGUGGGAAACGUGGGGACCUUUUCUCUUCCGGAUCCAAAAGGAAAGGCCGGCGGUGCCUGUACCUCAACGCUACUGAAGGUACUCGACGAAAACCAGGGACGACAAAUGAGCUGGAUCGAUCUGUUGCAUCGAAUGAGAAGCGUACUGAAGUCGAAAGGCUUUGACCAAGUCCCGCAGCUCUCGUCGAGUCGUAUGAUGGACGUUAACAACCAGUUCGAGAUCGUACCCCAGGAAUCACGAGGACGUCGUCGAGUGAGUAUCGCCGACCGAACAAAAUCUCGUUUGAGGGGCUGAGAUGAACAGAAGACACACACCUUAGUCGCGUCGAUUUGAAUUGACUUGCGUUUUUCUUUGUCUGCAUUCCAUCAUGACGUUAUUAUGAUUUAUUCGCUCUUUUUUAAGGCGGUGCUUAUCGGAAUCAACUACGAAGGUCAGCAAGGUGAGCUCAGCGGCUGCCACAACGAUGUCCAUAAUAUCAAAAGAUAUCUGACCAAGGAGCAAGGGUUUCGAGAAAAGGAUAUGUUGAUCUUAAUGGACGACGGGCGUCACAACCAGCCAACUCGCGACAAUAUUCUGGGCGCUUUCGAUCGGAUCGUACAAUAUAGCCAAGCUGGUGAUGUUGUAUUCAUUCAUUAUAGUGGUCACGGUGGAAGCAUCCGUGACACGAGUGGAGACGAGGUAGGUAUCGUACAAAACCAAUAGUGAAAAACGGACUAUUUUAUAUUUUCUCUGUUACGCAUAGUUCUGACCAACAUUUUGCUCUUUAUGCUUCCGACUUAAACACCACGAUAGGCGGACGGUUACGACGAAGUAAGUAGCGUGUUUGACACAUUGUCAAAAUACCAGAAUUUGUAAAUGCUUACAAUCCCGAACUAACAUCUUUCGUUUGUAUCACCAUUUCAUUUCAAACAUAGACCUUGAUCCCGGUGGACUUCAAGAGAGCUGGUCAAAUCAUUGACGAUGUUUUAUAUGAGAGACUCGUGAGGAAAAUGCCGGCAGGUGUGACAGUUGUGGUACUCAUGGACUGCUGUCACUCUGGCACAGCUCUCGAUCUGCCUUAUGAGAUCAAUGCAACACA